AUGGAUGAAGUCGGGGUCUUCGAGCACUGCAUUGGCGCCGGCCGGUUGGAGGGCUGGUUCUGCAGUUCAUCCUACGACAACGAGAAGACAGGAUGGGGGCAUUUGGAGUCCGACAGUUUCGAGGGCCACCUCUUCUUCCACCUGCAGCGCAGCCCUUCGCUGCGAGGAGUUAGGUACUUCCGGAGGGACCCUGUGGCCUUCGAGGUGGUGGAGUUCAACGGCCGCUGCGAGGCUGUAAAGCUCCUCCUGCCAAGCAAAGAGCAGAACGAGGAGGUCUGGAAGGUGGAGCCAAGAGAGGUCUUGGGCCAGACCGUGGAGGGGCGACUGAGCUGCAGCUGGCAGCUGGUCAAGGCUCAGAACUGGGGUUUCGUAGUCUCGGACUUCUUCAAGGGCACCGUCUUCUGGCACGUCGUCGACAAUCCCGAGAUGGUGGACCUGGAGUUCUCUCAGGAUGAUGUUGUGGAGUUUGAGCUCUACAUCAACACCACCAGAGGAGACCAGGUCAGAGCAAGGAAGAUGAAGUUCCUGCGCGCGGCCGUCAAGGACCCAGUGGCAGAGAAGGCAGAAGAGAGCAGCCAGAGGCGCUUGGAAAAGAAGCAUCGCUGGCUGGUGAACUGGCGCAAGGGGCCUCCACCGGACUGGAUUUGCAAAGGCUGCAGCUACCCGAACUUCGGCAGGAACAAGACCUGCAAAGUUUGUGGCCAUCCACGGCCUCCCCGUGAAGAAUGGCCUCCAGAGGAGGAGGAAGAGCUGCGAGAGGAUUGGCGAGUUUUGGCAUUGUUGCAGCCAUUAGGCAGACACCCUCCAUCACCUUGA